AUGCUGCGCUUCCUCUGGGAGAGCAUCUCCUUCCAGAUGCUCCUUGUCUUCCUCCUUGUCUUCCUGCUCGUCGCUGACUACAUGAAGCACAGAAAGCCAAAGCACUUCCCUCCCAGCCCCUUCUCCCUCCCCUUCCUGGGGCACAUGCACCUGCUGAACUUCAGCAAUCCCCAAACCUCAGUGCAGAAGCUUACUGAAAAAUAUGGGGAAAUCUUCAGCUUGCAGAUAGGCAGCUCAUUGUUUGUGUUUGUAAACGGGCUGCGGCUGGUUAAGGAAGUUCUUGUAAACCAAGGGGAAAACUUCAUAGAUCGUCCUGAAAUUCCUCUCGACAAGGAGAUCUUCAGCAGCAUGGGACUGGUCUCCUCCAACGGGCACUUGUGGAAGCAGCAAAGGAGGUUCACCUUGACCACCCUCCGAAACUUAGGCUUGGGGAAGAGGAGCCUGGAGGAGCGCAUCCGGGAGGAGUGCCGAUACCUCGUGGAUGAGUUUGGGAACCAGCAGGGGAAUCCUUUCAAUCCUCACUUUAAAAUCAAUAACGCCAUUUCAAACAUCAUCUGCUCCAUCGUCUUUGGCAAUCGAUUUGACUACCACGAUGAAGACUUCCAAAAAUUGCUGCAACUGCUGGACAAUACAGUUCAGCUCCAUGGGACCAUCAUGAGCCAGCUGUACAACUGUUUCCCGUCUAUAAUAAAGUUCUUGCCCGGACCUCACAAAACCCUUCUUAAAACCUGGAGGUUGUUGAAGAGUUCCGUGAAAGAGAAGAUUGACAAACACAAGGAGGACUGGAACCCCUCAGAGAGACGGGACUACAUCGACAGCUACCUGCAGGAGAUAGCCAAGGAUAACGGCAGCGGUAGCUUCCAGGAGGAAAACCUUGUGGCAUGCACGCUCGACCUGCUGUUCGCGGGGACCGAGACCACUUCCACAACCAUCCGCUGGGCUCUGCUGUAUAUGGCCACAUAUCCGGAAAUUCAAGCCCGUGUGCAAGCUGAGAUCGAUGCGGUCAUCGGGCAGGCGCGCCAGCCAGCCCUGGAGGACAGGAGCAAUAUGCCCUACACCAACGCCGUCAUCCACGAAGUGCAAAGGAAAGGCAACAUCAUCCCUUUCAAUGCACCAAGAUCAACAGUGAAGGACACUGUCUUGGAUGGCUUCCACAUACCAAAGGGCACUGCUUUGCUCACAAAUUUAACCUCCGUGAUGUUUGACAAGAACGAGUGGGAAACCCCCGACAGUUUUAACCCCGGGCAUUUCCUGAAGGAUGGUCAGUUCUGGAAAAGGGAGGCUUUUAUACCAUUUUCUCUAGGGAAGCGUGCCUGCCUGGGCGAGGUGCUGGCCCGCUCUGAGCUCUUCCUCUUCUUCACGGCUCUGCUCCAGAAAUUCACCUUCCAGGCACCCCCGGACACCACGCUCAGCCUCCAGUUCAACCUGGGCAUCACGAUUGCCCCGCGGCCCUACAAGAUCUGUGCUGUGCCUCGAUAG